UUUCUCCUUCCGCAACUCCGGCAAUAAAGCAGCACCGUCCCCAUUCCCUUCAACCACGAUAGCCUCGCCUCUCACCUAGGGUUUAGCCUUGCAGCGUCACCGCACCGCCACCACAACCAACCCUUCCUCCCGGAGAUCGGAUCGAUGGCGUCGGACGCGGCGGCGGAGGGGAAGGAGAAGGUGCUGACGCUGCUCAGCAGCGACGGCGAGGUGUUCGAGGUGGAGGAGUCGGUGGCUAUGGAAUCGCGGACCAUCAGGCACAUGAUCGAGGACGGCUGCGCCGACCACGGCAUCCCGCUCCCCAACGUCUCCUCCCAGAUCCUCUCCAAGGUCAUCGAGUUCUGCAGGAAGCACGUCCAGGCGCGCGGCGGCGCCGUCGCCGCCGACGGAGGUGACGAGGCCAACAAGGCCUCCGAGGAGGAGAUCAAGGCCUUUGACACCGAGUUCGUCAAGGUCGACCAGGCCACCCUCUUCGACCUCAUCCUGGCUGCAAACUACCUGGACAUCAAGGGGCUGCUGGACCUGACCUGCCAGACCGUUGCAGACAUGAUCAAGGGGAAGACGCCGGAGGAGAUCCGCAAGACCUUCAACAUCAGGAACGACUUCACGCCUGAGGAAGAGGAGGAAGUGAGGAGGGAGAACCAGUGGGCCUUCGAAUGAAGCUCUAACAACAGCAAUCUCCUAUAACCAGGCCAGCAGGAACGUGAUUUGUCGGGAAGUUCGAGUUUGGAGCAGCUAUAGACUUGCUCUGGUUUAAGCAAAUGCAAAGUAAGGUGUACGUAGGUUCGGUGGGUCGUGAGUAGACUUUUUUGCUGACUCCGUUCAUUUUGGUGGGUUCAUUUUUGGCUGGUUGGUUAUCAAGCGUUGCUGGUUAUUCUGCUUCGAUUUC